AUGGUCCCGUUAGACAGGCACAACCUGGCGAGGAAAAACAUCAAGUAUCAGGUCCUGCUCGACUCAACCCGAGAAGUCAUAGAAGUCUUCGGGGACAAGAUAUCGGACCGUUACCAGUCCGUUUUCUGGAGAAUGCUCCGGCCCGAAUUCGUCAAGGGUGACUCGGAGACAAUGGCGGUCGUGGGAGCCCAUGUGGGAGCGGCAGCAGUACCGACGGCCGCCGCAGCAGAAGCACGGCAAGAACUGGACAGCCCCGCCCCCGCUGCCGCGCGGACCUUGCCGAUCGGUUUCCCCUCCAGGAUCUCCGAAAGGCCCGAAGAAGAGAGCGGGGCCUCAUCCGGGGCAACCUCGGGCUCUUCGACGGGAGCGGCGCUGCCGAUGACGGCGGCCUUCCGCCCGUUGGCGUCACGCGGUCCUCAGGACGGGCAAGGACCCGCCCCAGACGCCGCCGCCGACACCGGCGGUAGGGCUUUCGGACCGGUCGAACACGGGGAUGAGGCGCCGCCUCCGCUCAACCCUCUGUCCGGGCAUUAUGAGCAAGGGUUCUUGGACGAUUCUGAGCGGGGCGUGGAUGUGAGCGGAAACGGCGACGAACACGCCGCCCCGACCGGCUGGAACGCCCCCUCCAUCCCGGGCAGCGGCGGCGAGGCCGUCGACAACGCCAGCCCACCAAGUGGAAGCCCUGCCCCCACCGCUGCUGCCGCAGCGUCCCCAAGUGUAACAUUCCGCCGAAAAGUACCGCAGACUCCUCCGGUCCGCGGGACCCCCGGCAGGAGGACGCACGGAGGAGGCGGAAGGAGGGGGGAUGCCACCCCGCCCGGGAGGGGCAUGCCUGGGGGCGGGAGGGAGGGGGGCCGGGACCCGGCCACUGACGGUUACGACGCCAACGUGGAAACCUUGACGUUGACUGAGUCCGGCGGGUCGUGCGAAGCGUUCAUCGACUUCGACGAAAACAAUCAGUACGAGAGGGGGUUGCCCACUGGCUCGCUCCGUGCGGGCAGCUCGAACAACUGGUCCUUCAGCAGCAGGCGUAGCAGGCGCAUCGGCUUGGUCGGUGUCCAGAGCUAUCACUUCUCGUCGUCGUAUUUUGGGAGGGCCGGGUCGGCUCCGGUAAGGGUUUGGCACGAGGACCGAGAAGCUGUGUACCCAGACAACCACGGGCAAGGGCAAACCGGUCAAUCGAUACUCUUCGGAGGAGGCGGAACAGGGAGCGAGGGCAACGUCGGGGGGGGCGCCGGACGGGGAGUGGUACUGGAGGAUAUGACCAGGGGCCGGGCCAACGUGUCCUACCGGUUCUACCCCGACCCUGAACCUGAACCUGACGACGGUGACCAACAGAUCCACGAUGCGACCUCGGUGAUGCUCGAGGUUGCGGUGCCCAACGUGGUGGAAAAGCUGACAAGCCUCCCCCAAGAUGUUCAGAAAACACUCCACCUCGAUGUGGAGCUCCACAGGCACGGUGUCAAUGUUCGACACCUCGGGAAAGUGCGCUUUCUGCUCAUGGAGCAGAACAAGCCCGAGAACGGGUUGCUGAAGGAUAUGAUGCUGACGGAGAUGAUCGCACGCACGCUGAAAAACAUCCUUCGAUGUUUUCAGCGAACGUGGAUGAAGGCAGAAAAGUCAACGAGCGAGCAGGGCAUGCGCAUGCUUGUGGUGAGAUUCCUCAACCUGGUGACCGGAGCCCACAUCAACUCCGCCACGUUCUGGAAGGAAAAGGUGUUGACCGGGGUGCUGCAGAGGUUCGGGCUUGUGUCCCUCACGACGUCGGAGAGGAGAGACGUCCAGAAGAUCAGCCGGGACCCGUAUGUCCUCCAGGACUGCGUCUUCAAGCUGACGGAGAUGCAGGGAGUGGUGCUUACGGAAGACACCAAGGCCCACUUCUACGCCGACUCCCCGGUCGGCUUCGAGUUCACGGUUUCAGACAUCCGCGAGAUCAACCCCAUUGUCAGGUACAUGCACAUCCUGGACUACGGCGGGGGCGUAAUGCUAUCGAUGCAGGCACAAAGGCUGAUGGCAGAGGGCAAGGGGAACACGCGCACAGUGGAACGCCUUCACGGCAUGGCCAACCAGUUCUUCAUCACGGCCUACAGAUCCCUCCCGGAUGAUCCGAACACGCGGGCGGCCAUCCUAUCGUACUCCAAGUCCGCGGGCUUCUCGCUGUUCAGCAGCGCACCAGGCGAUCAGCCGGCGCACUUCUCCAGCGGCGCCGGUGGCGUCGACGCCGGCGAGAGCGAGAGCGACUCCGGGGCCGCCCAAAGCUCGGAGACAGGCACGCGUUCCGGCCUCGUCAUUCGCAGCCUGACGAAGAUGACGUCAGCUUUCAGGGAAAGAAAUAACAACGACAACGAUGAGCUAGGACCACCACCAGGUCAUUCUCCUGGAUACUUCCACUUUGCUGGUCCGGAACGCUCACGGAUACCUGCCCCUGCCCCUGGGAUGUCGCAAGACAGAUGGUCGACGAGGAGGCGGGAGCAGCCGCAGCAACCCGCGCCGACAACUACAAAAGGUCGCGAGGAUGUCCUGAUGACGUCAUUGGGACCGGGUCCCGCAACCUAUGUCUCGAAACGCCACAGCAUUGAAUUCGAGCUUCAAGCUGGGUCCUUGGAUGAGGAGCUGGCUCUCGAGAUGACAAUUACCCGAAGCUUAGCUUUCGUCGAUUGUCGCACCGAGGGAUCAGCCAGGUUAGGACACAUUUUCCCCCUGACUUCAUUGCAUGGUUCCCGCACGAACCCUAGCAGAGCCCCUUUUUACGACGACGCCUCGACGGAAGAGUUCUUGGCCAUGAAUUUUGUUCACGGUCCGGAGGGGGUCACCUUUCCGGAGGAUAAACCUGCCAAGCUGCGCUUCUUCUUGGGGUACGUCGAUGAGUCUACACCAGCCGGAGAAGGCUUGGACCAAGUGGCAGUUUCCGACGAGGAAAUCGAGCGCGAUAUACUCAAGACGUACAGACCGCUAACGAGCCCGGACGGGGUUGGGGACUGGACAACUUUGGGCCCGUACUCGGUAAUUUGUCGUCGGCAGCUAGGGGAGCGGGAAGUGUGGGUCGAGACUCCCGUGAAUCACUUGAGGGUCUUCUCCAACGCGAUGAAGACCGAUAAAGGGGGCAAGAACCAGUCCUACUACUACGGGGAUAUGGGCGGGCUCAGGUGGUGGUUUAAAGGACGCUCGUCGGUGCCCAAAGUCCGCUUUGGCAACACAACCAAGGAGCACUGCGCGACGUUCACCUGCUACCCGAUCGUCCAGCACACGGCAGUCUCCGGAGAGAGCGAAGGCAACGGGGGAAUCGGAGCGGGCGGGAUAUCCCUUUGGGGUGGGAGACGCGACCAGCAUUCUGCUGCAGGCGGGGCCACUCCCGCCGCAUUUGAAAAAAUUACCAACAUCGUGGACGUCGGGACCUACGAGGACUGCGACCUGUUGUGCGAUCUCAAGCAACACUUGCAGAUGAACGUCAGGGUCGGGAUCCUUUCGAACCUUGAGGGAGUAGAGGUGGAGUUGACGGGGAGGCUGCAGCUGCUGGACUCGAAGAAGAUUAGCGGAAACAAAAUCCUGGUGCUUCGGCAACUUCGACUGAGCAGGCCGUCCCAGUUCCGCAAGAUCGACUGGCCAUGUGAUCCAGAAGCUAUUUGCAAGAUAUAGCGUGUAACUACUACUGGAGUUAGACGAGCUUCCUUGUAAGUAGUUUGUAGCAUAUUUCUUUCCAUGCAUGUGUAGCAUGUUUACCGUUGCGUGCGUCUGAAAUUCUGAAAUUCAUCGAUGGCUCUAUGCAUAGUCUAGACGCGCAAGCCUUGUCUUUUACUCCUGUUUAUGCGUGGUUUGGGUGCGUUUGGUUUUGGCUACAUGCCCUUCUUUUUAUGGCUUUUUGUUUGAUAUUUUGCUACCGGCUUCUGUUUCGAUGGUAGAUUGUCUGUUAGCUUUACUGUACAGCGUUAGUCUUGCCUCACCCCCUCAGUACUGCAGUUACAACGAAUGUUGUGGGAGUCUUACUCUGGUUGAACCCACCUCCCAUCGCUCGUAUUGCUCUCUAUUGUGAAAAGCGCGUACGGGACGUGCUUGCCAGGUUGUCGCUGCCCUCGUUGAAGAAGGUAUUGUGUAUCUAGGGUUGUUUAUUCACAAGGUGAUGUUUUGGUCUAUCUGUCGUUUCACCUCACUCAUCAACUAUUAUUGUCUAAACUCGUCACUUGCAAAAUGGAGAACGGCUUUUGAUACCCAUAGCAUUUGCAUGGGACGUUUCGCAUUGCGAGUGCAUGCUGGCUAAGUAGGGUCAAGGGGUGUCGUAACAAUCCCCAAUCGGGAGUCAUACCUGGGACUUCAACGAAACGUGUACUAUGUAUGCGUGUAGCUGACACGGAGAGAAUUUGGCCAAGGUGAUGCGCUAAUUCGCCGUCAAUUUUGGGCGGGAGCGUGGUAUCGUGUAGUUUUCAGCGGUCGUAUGAGUCCUGGAAGAAUAUCCGGUGAUGACACGCCUGGGUAGUUGGGUGAGUUGAGUGUCGAGGAUUACCUUGUCCGUGUUCUCCACGGGCGGAAGGAGUUAUCGUGCCUAUUACAACA